AUGGAAGCCGUUGGCGCUGCCGGAGCCAUAGUCGGGCUGGCCGGCAGCGCUCUCACAGGCCUGAAACACCUGAACGACUUCAUUACAGUCCUCCGAGACGGCCAAAUUGAUCUCAGCACAGCGCAAAGAAGACUCGCUGAGCACGAAUCCCGACUCUUGGAGCUUAGAAACGACUAUAAUUCGCUUCGCAACAGCUCCAUUACGGACGAAGAGAACGCUCUGCUGGACUCUUGCAUUAAAGAUUCCUACGAGGAGCUGAAAGGGUAUAGGACGCGGCUGGAGAAGAUGGCGAAGACCCGAACACGGGGCAAGAGCCUGCAAAGAGUGGAAACAGCCGUGCGGAUGUUUCUAAGCGAAGAGGAUGUCAAAAAGCACAAAUCGUUGCUUCAAGACCGAAUUUUUCGCUUGGAACAGUUCAGUGAAAGAGUAAACAGGGUCCGCGUCAACGAGUCUUUUCAAUCCAUCAGAUCUGCCGCAACCCAAUUCCAUGCAGAAGACAUGACGAUGCAUAGUCAGAUUUCAAGCGCUCUCGAGGCAGCCUCCGAAGCGAGAGAGAGACAACUGCAACAGUUGUCAAAUAUGCAGUCGUUCUGGGUUGCACAUAUGACUGCUGUUAUUGAGGAACACAAUCAAGAGACGCGGACGCUGAUUCAGUCAUCAAGUCACUCAUCCGUACUGGAGAUGAAGAAGAAUAUGGAACAGACUUUCCAAACAAUGCAACUUGCCGUCAGAAAUAAAGAUCGUAUUAGUCAAAAGCAGCAAAGAAACUCUCGGCAUCUUCUACACGACAUACGGGAUCAUGGCCAUAACGGCGCCGAUCAGGAAGUGCUAUUUCCGUCGAUUUUUCACGCGAAUGUCUACAGGACACCCUUUGGACGACUGCGCGUUUCUCGCAACCGUAUGGAUCGCUAUACUACAGGCCAGAAUCAUGGUGGCCCAUGGCGAGUCAUGUUCCGGAUCAGAUUCGAGCCUUAUAGGUGCUUCUCGCUGAAAUUCGUCGAAUGGACAUGCCAUUUGACCAUGGGCAUCAAUGAUCCAUCUGUCAAAAUCGAGAGCAAAAUGGGUGUGCUUUGUGAGGAUGACGAGGUCCUUGAAGCAUUGGGUCUGAUUCGUAAACCCUUUUGCGGAUAUUUCUUCUGUGAAAUCGAUAUCAAUGGGUGCCCGAAGCACAAAAAGACCUGUGAAUCCUGGUGGUGGCGAACAAAACUACCCAGUCCCGGCAAGCUAAGGCGUUUGUUAGAUGAGCGGCGCUUCGGGCCUCACGAUUCCUUGAGGCAUGCUUUUCAAAAAACAAGUAGUAUAUUAUCAGUCUUUGCCUUGCAUCACCGUCUCUGCGAGCAAACGCGCGAGCAAACGCGCGCCGACUACGACAACGCCAGGUGCGGAAUUCAAUAUUACGAUAUGCCUCGCUGUUAUGCCGCGGCGCGCCAUUUGAACAUGGAGGACGGGUGGGAUGCCGAACGCGAUGUGGUCGACACUAGAUUGACUAAGACCAGCGAAGACUUUGACAACUUGGCUCGGUUUUACCCAGCAUACUACGAAAUGUUGGAAAUGUUGCUCGAGAUCGGCUGCCGACCAGACCGAGAUGACUGGCGACCAGUGCAAUGGGCAAUCACGGAAAGAUACUGCCAUAUUUUGGAAAUGCAUCCUCAAUAUGCAUCUUCAGACUAUUUUCAACUGUAUUCGGCAAUGAAGUUGGUUCGAAACGCGGCUGCGUGUGCUACAAUGAUAAUGCGCCCACAAUGGAGACCAUAUGGUUUUUCAAAUAUGCCCACAAUGUUGUGGGUGGGCUACCUUGGCCAUCUUUUACCUUUUCGGAAUUGCAUUCAGGAGAUGAGCGAGACUUUGUUCGACAUCGGUGGUCUGGAUGCCGUCGACAAGGAGCUGGUAUAUGAUAGAUGGUUCCUGGUUCUUAUGAUCCACAUCAAGCCGGAACUCAGGACACUGAUUACUGGCAACGCAGGCUAUCGCACAAGUGCUGGCUUCACCAUCGAAAGAGUAUGCAGUGAGAUCCAAAAAGCGCCCUUAGAUACCAAAUUUAUUGUCACCCAAUACGUCAUUCACUACGGGAAUGCUGUACUGGUGCAGCUUUUGGUAGAGAAUGGUAUUGAUAUCGGUCUUAUUUUCAAGUCCGCGGCCGAGGGAGGAGUUCCUGAGAUUUUUGACUUCAUCCUGGAUUCGCAUUUGGAGAGGAUACCGGUAUCGGAAUUGAAGCGCCAGUUGAGUCAGCCUAUGAUGCAACGCCGAAUCAGUCGAGAUUCUGGGUUCGUGGAUCGACUACUGAACCUAAAAUUUCUCCCCAGGCAAUGGGAACCUUCCCAGAAGUAUGCUGAUCACUUGCUUGGCGAUGCAGAUGGGUUUAUUCUGAAUCGAGACCAUGUUAUGCAGCCACUCAUACGAAAGGGCCCAACCGAAUCACUGGGAUCUAUUGAUAUAAUGGUCGAUUGCUUCAUCUUCCGAUAUGAACAAGAACACUGUCGCUUUCCGGAAGGUCUGAGACUCUAUCUUCAAUAUGGGAUGUUUGCCACAACGCAGUAUUCGAACUUUUGGAGACAAGAAGAUGUGGGAAGCCGCGCCCGUGCUUUCCACCAAGUGCUACGGCGGCUGUCGGCGUCAUCUGUCUUCGGGUGUGGCCUCGAGUAUGCCCCCCGGGACAGCAGCCCACUUGAUCACGUGGCAGCGACAAAAGGGUACACGCCUCUGAUGGUCGCUUUGUACGCUGGAAUGAUACCGGCGAUUGAAGUACUUAUAAGUGCUGGUGCGGAGAUCACGAAGUGCGCCCCUUGCGGUCUAUCGGCACUUCAGCUUGCUGAGCAGAACGCUCAGGGCAAACAUCCACGAGCCUACAAGACUUCUAACCCUUAUUGUCAAUCAAUAGGGGGCAUGAAGAAAUCCGGGCGAACAGGGCUCGUUUCCUGCAAUUCGGAUGAAACAAUGCUGGAGAUGCUUCGCGAUGCACUCCGCAGCCGUGGCGUGGAGGUGCCAGAACCCGGCUUGCCCAAAGUGAAUCUUGAACCGCCACCGUAUCGCCCCAGGAAGGCUUCUUGGAGAUUUGGGGAACGGAUCGAGACAUUACUCACCUGGCUCUUCAAGCCAACCGUGGUCAUCAGUAUAGAAGGCCUCCGUGAUCGCGUCCUCGACAUCGUCGUCGUCUGUACCUUUACAUUUCUCUCUAUUGCAAGACUACUACAGAAAGACGCUGAGAACUUUGUAAGUCUCGUCAAAUGGGCCUUGAAGCUCCUGUCCCGACCUGUCGUUAUGGUGUUCAUUGUAGCGUGGACUUUCACGACGCUUUGGCGGCACUUUGUGACAGCGACAUGA